AUGUCAAGCUCAACGGCGAGGAACAGUGAUAGUGAUAGUGGAUUAGCGAGAGAAGUUAAACAAACAAGUUCUGCAAAAACUUGGCGGGAGCGGCUGCUGGCUUGGGCUGUGCAUGGUUUACUUCUCUGGACGCAGAUUGAGAUGCUCUUGCUGCAACGUAGCGUUAAUAUAAUCUCAACUGUUUUAUCAAAGCGUUUCAAGCCCAUAAGACCUACAGCGUGCGAGCACUGUCAUAACUUCAAUCAUCGGGUUAGUCAAACACGUACAAGACUUCGUCACAGAGAACAAGAUGGUGGGACGGUGCUUUCUACUACGCUUCGACAUCCAGACACAGAUAGGACGGACUUAGUGUUAUGUUAUUCGCAAGAGGUCGAUAAUCUCUGUAGCGUUCCGGGCGAUGUGAUAGGCAGUCGGAGGGGAUUCAUGAAGACAAUUAUGGGCAAGGCGAAGUACGUUACGAACUUUGGCGAGGAGAAUAUCGGGGACCCGCCAGGCAAGGAGAUCAUGGAGAUGACAGGAAGCAGUCACGAUCUUGGCAAGGAGGAUACCACCACGCAGGCCCAUGUGGGGUUAAGCAUUGCAGCGUACAUCACCACGUCGACUACCUGUUCUGCUGCGACCCAUAACCGACAAAUCCAGCAUUACCGAGAGCGUAAAGUCUUCCGGACAGCAUUCCAGAAGGCCGGGAGAUCCCAUAACUCGGAUUGGCAAAAUACCGGUGUCUUAGGGAAGCGCAAAGAGAAGAAUGGAGAAAGAGACAUCAAUCCAGAAGCCUGA